AUUUGAGGGCUACGUUGUGGUAAUUUGCUACACACAUGUCUGAUCAGCUAAGGUAGCGGUUGGUAUUCAGAAGAUUAUAUUCAUUCACAAUCAUGGUAUUUGUUAGUUGGGCCAGUGAUGGACUGAGGAUAUACGAGUUAGAUGAAAAUAAAGGGAUUAUUCAAUUGGAAUACAAAUCAUCUACAACUGUGAAAUGUUUAUCUAUCGCAAAGUCAAGCAUGUGGAUGGGUUACCUUGAUGAAACUAGUGUAGUUAUGCUUGACGUCAAUGAUCGAUCUGUCGUUUCCACUAUCCCUGUUGAGCCAGCUUCACGGAUUCAACUAUCACCGUGUGGAAAAUUUGGAUUCAUCUACACGUCAUUUAAAAUCGACAAUGAACAUCCAUCUGGUUCGCCAAAUAUAUUUGUAUAUGACAUGAUCAAUAGAACAAAGCUCAAAGAGUAUAUUUUCCGAAGAGGUGAUGGAUGGCAACCACAAUGGAAUUCUGAUUCAUCCUUUUGCUCGAUUUUUGUCAAUGGAGAAAUUCAUAUGUAUACAAACAAUCUAUUUUCUGAAAAACCGUAUACUAAAUUAUCACUAAAAGGUAUCCGCCAUUUUUCUAUGAGUACUUCAAGUCAACCAAAUCUUGCAGUGUAUAUACCCGGGGAAAAGAACCAACCUUCUUUUGUCAGAGUUUAUCAGUGCCGUGAUAAUCAACUGAUUCAUAUUGCAAAUAAAUCGUUUUUCCGUGCUGAUACAGUCCGACUAUUAUGGAAUGAUAAAGGAACUGAUUUACUCAUACUUACUUCAACAAAACUUAGUGAUGAAAGUUAUUAUGGGGAUCAAGGUCUUUAUUUUAUAUCAGCUAGUCGAUCCGGUGAUAGUGCGAUUGUUCCAAUGCCACGUAAAGGUCCAAUUUAUCAAAUAGCUUUUCAACCAACAAAUUAUUCAUCUUCUAUGGUGAAAAAGAAUAAAAAUAAAAAAAUUGAAGAAUAUUUUGUUGUUUGUUAUGGAUUUACACCAGCAUCUGUAACAAUAUUCAAUUUGAACUGUGAACCAGUUCAUGAUUUUGGAACAGGUUCAUGGAAUGAAAUUCAUUUCAAUCCUCAUGGGAAUCUAUUGUUAUUAGCUGGGCUAGGUAAUUUGUCAGGCGAUAUGUGUGUUUGGGAUUUUUCAACUCAUGAACGUUUAUCUUCAUUUAAAACAACUGAUGUGACAAGUGUUCAAUGGUUACCAGAUGGUGAACAUUUAAUAUUUGCUACAACAACUCCAAGAUUACGUGUAAAUAAUGGAUUUGGGAUAUGGCAUUAUAGUGGUAAACAAUUAUCCUAUCGACCAGUUGAACGACGUGCCAUUCCUAGAGCAGCUACACCAGAUUUACCCGCUGCAGUUGAUCAUGAAUUAUAUCAAGUUUCAGUUAUAUUUCCAACAAAACUGGAAUCUGCUCCUGAACCGAGAAAGUUUGAGUCUGUUAAUGUAGAUUCAGUAAAUAAGCGUUCUUCGGCUUACGUACCUCCGGUUCUUCGUAAUCGUUCUGCAGUAGCUGUGCAAUCAUUGAAAGCAUCCAAUAUGAUUGAUCAUGGUAAAAUUUCUACCCGCUCUUUUAGCAAUAAUAAUUCUAACAUUGGAAAAUUGAAUCCAAGCAAAACUAAUGGUUCAAAUCAGAAAACCGCAUUAUCUUCAAAUAAACCUGCCCAGACUGGUGUUACGGAUCCAACUUCAUCCAAUAAUAAAUGCGCUCACCCAGCUGCAUCAGACCCAAAAAACCAAAAGCAAGUCAAUCAGAUAUAUAAAAAACUGACGCAGAUUGAGAAACUAAAAACAGAACAAGCAUCCGGAAAAGCUUUGGCAUAUAACCAACUGGACAAAAUUACGAGUGAGAAACAACUCCGGGAUGAAUUAGCUAAACUAUGCUUAUAAAGACCAUGUUGAGUUUUUAUUAAAUUUUUCACGUAUUUA